AUGUCUGCCGACUUCCCCAUGAACUCGGAUGAUAUAUGCAGACAGAUGCAGCAGCAGUUUGGAAGCAACAGCAACAGCAACAGCAACAGCAACGGCAACAGCAACAACAGCAACAGCAACAGCAAUAACAACAGCGCCAACAGUAACAGCAACAGCAACGGCAACAGCAACGGCAACAAUAGCGGCAGCGGCAACGAUGCCCCCGAGAUGCUUCAGCUGGAUCCGAACCUGGACUUCACCAUCGCUGACCUCCUCGGCCACAGCCCGCAAGACUCGCACGACGCCAACAGCCGGAACGGCAGCGGCAACCCCUGGAGUCUACCCAUGUACUUUGGUGAGCCCAAAGCCGACUUCCCCAUCGCCAUGAUGGCCACGCCGUCACCGCCACCGCCACCGCCGCCGCCGCCGCCGCCGCUACCGCCGCCGCCAGCGGUCGCACAGCCCGCAUCGGCCCAGCAGCAGCAGGGGGGGCACAAGCACCCGAUCCGGGACCUCACCCUCCUACGCGACGAGAGCAGGUGCGUCAGCACCGUCGACCCUCUGGUCGUGCACGACCCGCGCAGCCGCAUGGGCUACAUAAUCCAGUACAUGACCAAGAUGCACGUGACGUUUGCGCGCACGCGCUGCCUGCCCUUCAUCCACCACCGGCUGUACGCCUCCCGGCUGCCGCGGACCAUGAUGACGGCCUUCGCCGCCGCGUCUGCCUACGCGGGCCGCACGCCCGACACGAAGCCGUGGGUCAUGAAGCUCCUGGGCGACGCGGCUGCCGACAUCCUCGCCCACGGGGGGUGGGCCCGGCCCACCUCGGCCACGGCGUCGGCCUCGCCCGUCCCCGUCAACGCUGGUCCCCACAGCCCGCUCGAGAGGCUGGCCCGCGUCCAGGCCAUGGUGCUGCUCGACUCGAUGCGUAUCUUUGACGGGGACAUCCUCCUCCGGAACGCCGCCGAAGCCGACAAUGUCGUCCUCGAUGCCUGGAUCGACGAUCUCGUCAUGCUCAGGGAUGACCUCGAGAAUGUUUUGGGCCAUGCGCCGAAUAAUCAGACUCCAAAGUCUUGGGAUGCCUGGAUUCUACUCGAGAGCAUUCGAAGAACAGUUGUCAUGGCAUUACCUAUGAAGUGUCUUUUACAUCUUAUGAAGCAGCCCCAAAUCGGCCCUUGCAUGCAACCAUCCAAAACAUCGUGGACUGCCUCGCAACACCUCUGGACGGCAGGCACAUCCGUCGAUUUUUACCAUUCCUGGCGAACAAAGCCCCGUUGGUGGAUCACUGAUUGGGAUUUUGACGAUUUCUGGAUGUAUGCCCGUGCAGAGGAUGCCGACGAGUUUACGAAGCUGCUUCUGACC